CUAUGAUUGCUCUUCAAUUUGGCUAUGCUGGAAUGUACAUAAUUGCCCUUAUCUCCUUGAAGGGUGGAUUCAGUCACUGGAUUUUGGUUGUCUAUCGCCAUGCAGUUGCUACUCUCGUUUUCGCCCCGUUCGGUUAUUUUCUUGAAAAGAAAAUAAGGCCUAAGAUGACGAAAUCGGUAUUUUUCAAGAUAAUGGUGCUGGCUUUCUUAGAGCCGGUGCUCGACCAGAAUUUGUACUACGUCGGAAUGCAGUAUACAUCGGCAACAUUCGCUUCGGCCACUGUUAAUGUUUUGCCAGCCAUUACAUUCAUAAUGGCUGUCAUUUUCAGGUUAGAGAAGAUAAAUCUGAAAAAGAUACAUAGUUUAGCAAAGGUGAUAGGCACACUAAUAACAGUAACAGGGGCAAUGCUAAUGACACUGUACAAAGGCCCCGUCGUCGAUAUCUUAUGGUACUCCCACGGCGGCAGCCACCACAAAGCCGCCAGUGCCGCCACCGACCAGCACUGGGUCACCGGAACUAUUAUGUUGCUCUGCUGUAUAGUGGGGUGGUCUGCCUUCUUUAUCUUACAAAAUAAAACACUAGAGGAAUACCCAGCAGAGCUAUCUCUAACAUCAUUAAUAUGUAUAAUGGGAAUGGUGGAAGGCGGAAUUGCUGCUGUAAUAAUGGAACGCCGUAAGAGCGCUUGGGUUAUCGGCUUCGAUUCUAGGCUUUUAGCUGCUGCGUAUUCCGGGAUUGUGUGCUCCGGAAUUGCGUACUACAUGCAAAGCGUAGUGAACAAGUCGAGAGGGCCGGUUUUCGUGACUGCGUUUAGUCCGCUAAGCAUGAUCAUCACCGCGGUUUUGGGAGCCAUUAUUUUGUCCGAGCAAGUCCAUCUCGGGAGCUUAAUAGGAGCAGCAAUUAUAGUGGUUGGGCUUUACUCUGUGGUUUGGGGUAAAAGCAAAGAGAGAUCAGCUUCGGCUUCAGCUUCAGCUUCGGACAAACUGACAUACAAUGAAGAAAAAGCUAAUGAAUUGCCGGUGGUCGACAAGAAAACAUCAUCAGCCAUUGGCAUCGUCACCGAAACUGCUUCUUCGAAAAUCGGAGAUUUCUGACAAGAAGCAGAGCCGUGAAAAAAAAAAGGAAAGGGCGUAUUUGGAAGAAAAUGUAGUUUUUGUGUAUCGUGUGGAUAUUCGUUUUCUUAGCUUCGAAUCAAAAAAUGGGCUGUAAAGGAAAUUAACGGCUCGGCUGCUAGAUUUUCCCAACUAAUAUAUAAUGGCUAUGUUUCGUUAACUUUA